UGUAAAACUUAAAAAAGUUUUGGACCAAGACUGAACUGACGAAAAGACCCUCAAGAACACCAUGGGCUAAGAGAACCAAACCCGCAGUUUACUAAUUUUCUUAAGAACCAAGACAAAGUUCAAAAUGAAUAAUUAUGAAAGGUUUGGAGAAGACCAAACAUCAAAUGCUCAUACUUCUGUUGAUCUACAGGCUGUAGAUGAAAAAUCAAAUCUCAAAGAUGUCCACAUCAAAGUUGACAAAGACCAGGAUGAAAACACAGGAACUUUGAAAAUAUAUUCCACAGAAACAAAAAAAGGUGUGGAAUAUAUUGAUGAUCCAUCAGCCAGACAACAACUUUCCCUCAUAGAAUCAUUACAGGCCUCUGUAAAAAGAGUUAUAGAACAUCCUGUGUUCCGUAUAGUGUUGAUGUUACUGAUAUUAUUGGACUUCACCUUGGUUAUUAUAGACUUAGCUGGUUCUGAAUGUAGCAGUAGUGAUGCUUUGGAAAAUAUAUCACAUUUUAUCAUUAGUCUCUUCCUCCUGGAAGUGUUUGCCAGAUUGUUUUAUGAAGGGAGACAGUUUUUCCGGAGUAUCAUUGAUGUUAUAGAUGGGAUAGUUGUUGUAGUAUCAUUCAUUGUUGACAUGGUAUUUGUUGGUUUGGCAGAUACGAUGUCUUGUCAGUCUAACUAUGCAAGACUUCUUGUGAUUGGUCGAGUGUUCCGAAUAAUCAGAAUAUUAAGGAUACUGUAUAUAAUGGUUCAGCAAAAACGACAUGUAGCUGCUGCAUCAAGGAGGGUUGUCUCACAGAAUAAGAGAAGAUAUCAGAAGGAUGGUUUUGACCUUGACCUUUGUUACAUUACAGAGAGAGUUAUUGCCAUGUCUUUCCCAUCAAAAGGAAUGAUGGCAAUGUAUAGGAACCCUGUAGAGGAAGUAGCAAGAUUCUUCAACACAAAACACAAAGACCACUAUAGGAUUUUCAACUUGUGUAGUGAAAGAGAUUAUGAUGAAACCUUAUUCCAUAACAGAGUGGAGAGAGUUUUUAUUGAUGAUCAUAAUGUUCCAAGAGUAAGGGAAAUGAUUGAAUUUUGUGAGAAUGCAAGAGAGUUUAUGGCCCAGGAUCAACAGAAUGUAAUAUCCAUACAUUGUAAGGGUGGUAAAGGUAGAACUGGUACAAUGAUAUGUGUCUGGCUAAUCGAAUGUGGACUGUUUGAAGGUGCAGAGGAAAGUCUAGAAUAUUUUGGUGACAGAAGAACAGAUUUAACAGUGGGUAAAAAGUUUCAAGGUGUUGAAACUCCUAGUCAGAGUAGAUAUGUUGGAUAUUUUGAGAAAGUAAAGAAGAAACUAGAUGGUAAACUACCUGCACAAGUACCUAAGAAGAUAUCUACUAUCAAGAUCUUAAAUUUAACUGGUGUAGGUAAUGGUGAUGGAAAAGAUCUCAGUAUGGAAAUCAGAGUGGAUGGUUUACUUAUUUAUGAAUCUAACUUUGGUCAGAAUAUAAAUUGCACUCUAAACAAAUUGCCAGAGGAUGACAGUAUUGAGGUUAAAUUAGAGAAUGUUCCUGUGCUGACAGAUGAUGUGAAAGUUAGAUUCUUUUCUAGUGCUAAAAAUGUUCCAAAGAUUUAUGACCAUUGUGCCUUUUUCUUCUGGUUCCACACUGCUUUCAUAGAGGACAAUAGGUUGAUUCUAACCAGAGAAGAGCUUGAUAAUCCUCAUAAGAAAGAAGGACAGAAAUUCUACCAUGAAAAGUUAAUGGUUGAAGUUCUUUUUGAAGAUCAUAAAGAAGACUUAUAAUUUUUAUUUUCAUAUGAGUUUUGUAAGCAUAUAGUAUUAUAUAGCAUCUUAUAUUAGUUAUAAUAGCAUUACUGUAUAUUGUUGACUAGGAUUUAUUUAUGGUGCUGAAAUAAAACCAUUGGAUGUAUUAAUGUUAUGGUAAAAAGUUAAUCUAAACAAGGCAUUAAUACGGAUUUGCUUUGACUAAUUAUUUAAAAUGCUUUUACAGGUUGUAAAUGGGAAAAAAGGGGCAUUUAGUAAGGUUGUUGAAUAUUACAGGGUUAUCAUGUGCUUUUAAUGGACUUUUUCGUUUAAAUAUUAAAUACACCAUGGAAAACACACUUGUACAAAUGACUUGUUUAGAAGUUCAGCUUUAUAGCACAGCUCUAAAUGACUGACAUUGAUGGUUCACCAAGAAGUUGUCUAAGAAAUUAUCUGUUUUUCUUUGGUUUAAAAGUAUUUUUAAUUUUUUUUAUAAGUCUUUAAAUGAAAAAAAAGUUUUAAGCUGUUUAUCCAGUAGUAAAAUGCUGCAAAUAUAUACAUGAGUAAUUCAGGCAGUACAUUCCACUGCUCUACAAUGGCUACAUUAACACUUGAAUGCCUAGAGUCAGAACAUUCCACUGCUCUACAAUUGCUACAUUAACACUUGAAUGCCUAGAGUCAGUACAUUCCACUGCUCUACAAUGGC